CUAUUUUUCGCGCUCUAAACUUACAAUCAACCCUGACGUGCGCUCUAACAUAAUUUUCCGGUAGUAUUACAAACGUUCCACUAUAAUACUACAGUAGCAGUAGCAGUAGCACGUGCUCGACUAUCAGCUGCAUUCGCGCCGAGGUUCUUUCGCGACCAUGGCCAAGAGUCCUGCAGUCGUUGUUAUCGCUAGACAUGGUGCUCGUCUCGAUGCUGCUGACAAGACAUGGCAUCUUACCUCACCCACGCCUUACGAUCCUCCCCUCACGUAUGGCGGCUGGGCGCAAGGAAAGGCACUGGGACUGCGAAUAGCCGCUCUACUGCACCAGAGGGACACGGAAAAGCCUGAAGCGACAAAGGCUGGCUCGAGCGCAGACACAGCGCCGUCCAGCAAGCAGAAUGUCUCCAAGGACACGCAACGACCAAAGAAGAAGCGCAAGAUUGUCAUUCACUCGAGCCCGUUCUUGCGAUGCGUACAAACAAGUACAGCGGUAGCGGCAGGAAUAUCACAGUAUCGAGUUCCCACUCCCACAAACACGCCGCAAGUCGAAGCACCAAAACCGGCAAAGGAUAAAAACAGCUCUCCGUUGACACAGGCAUCGAGCUCGACACCGCAGUCGUCGCAGCCAAAAUUCUUGAAGCUGGUGGCAGAUCCCAAGCACGACAGAACCCCGAAACCACAUACAGGCCCGGACAAGGUACUGCUGCGCAUCGAUGCUUUUCUGGGGGAAUGGCUGUCGCCGGAUUACUACGAGGAUAUCACACCGCCGCCCAACUCAACGUUGAUGGUGGCGGGCGCAAAAGCGGACCUGCUGCGGCGAGGAGACUACAUUGGUGACCAGCCAAAUACGCACAGCAGUAAAGGCCAUUUCCCAGGAGGCUGGAUGGGCAAGGGCGCUGCCGUCGGUCGGCAGAACCCUGACAGUGGCAAACCUCUCUCUAUGGGCAGCCUGGGGGAAGUCUCGCCGUUUAGGGAGCGUUCGGGCAGCUUGGGCAGCACAGGGCGUGUGAACCGGGCGGCGAUUGCGACGCACUUGAACCAAAUACCUCGUCACAUCUAUGACGCACCAGCCCCUUCGUAUUCGAUCUCCUCCUCCGAUCCCAUACCCCGGGGAUACGUUGCGCACGCCCGAGAAGCCUGCGUUCACGUCGACUUUCAAUGGGAUAGCAUGCGGUCACCGCAGGAGUGGGGCGAUGGCGGCGAGUACGGGGAUGAGUGGAGCACCAUGCACAAGCGCUUCCGCAAGGGACUGGCAUGCAUGAUGCAGUGGUAUCAACAACACGGCAUAGAACCUCCCCAGGAUGAGUUUCCAGGCUUCAUGUUCAGAGACCCGACGAGACCUUUUGCGGCAUCAGUCGGAGUCAAGAAUAACGCCCCAGAGCUUCUUCCUAAGCUGAAGAUCCCCAAUGGGGAAGCCACCGAUGAGGAGGACGAGGAGCUCGUGCUUGUCUUGGUUACCCAUGGGGCAGGGUGUAAUGCUUUGCUCGGUGCCAUCACAAACCAGCCUGUGCUCAUGGAUAUCAGUCUUGCGUCCCUAUCACUAGCAGCUCGCAGAGACAAGCCACGGCUGUCCACGAACAGCAAUGCCCUCGAGCGCCGGGUAUCAGUCGCAGAUGCCGGAAUGGCAGAUACUUAUGAUAUGAAGGUCCUCGCCUCAGUCGACCACUUACGACCAGGCGUCGACCCUUCCAAACCCCCACAGGCACAGCCAAAGCCCCAAACUCAAUCGCCGUCCAUACAGCCGAGUCCCACGACGAAAUACAAACGCUACUCUAGCUCAUCUGCGACGAGCAGUCCUAUCGAGCCGCCAUUCACUAUUGGUGAGCCUGUGAAGACGUGGAACAGCUCGGUAAACAGUGUACGACGGACCACCAUCUCUGGAUCAAGCCACCUACGAAGCGCCAGUGCAGUCAAUCCGCCCACGAGCGGCCUCUGGGGUGCGCGUCAAACAGCAGUCGCAGAAACAUCGCUUGACGGAAGACAGAGUCCAGGCGCAGACAUGGUCCUCAACUUUGGCAACUCACUGCCAAAGCCGAAGCCUGCCUCAACUCCACUCGCUGCCCCAUCCGUCGUUCCGAACACUGACGGUGCAUCCGAGACCAACGACCUCACGCGCGUCAGCACGCACGAAGAGAAGGAGAAGAGCGAUGCUGUUGCGCCGUUGUUCAGUCCGAUGACUUGGGCUGGCUCGAAACCAAAGACUCAGACUCCGACUCAGAAGCAAGGGCUGUGGGGCGGUCCGAAGACGCAGACAGGCACGACGAAGCUGUGGGGACCGCCGAGACUGGAUGAUAUAUACGAGCAUAAAAGUGGGCCGAAGAGAAGGUGGACUGUUACCGAGGCGAACCAGAGUCUCUCCUCGUCUUCUCAUUUGAUGGAUUAAAUUGCUGUAGGAUGGUCAUGUCUAGGUAGUCGUUUGAUGAUCGGACAGGAUGGUGUUAUCUUCCAGCGUUUGAUACUCGAGAAGUAGGAAUCGGUAAAAAAGAAACAAGUGAAACACAA